GUUUAUGAGAAUGGUGCACGGCGACAAUAUUCUUAAAUGGAAGUUUACACGUUUCAUUGUCGUCGCUGCGUUUACAUUCGACCGCGUCAGCGACUUUGAUACUCUUAACUAUUUUGUUUACUCACACUUGUUAGGACUUCUUUGGUAAAAUCCUAAUAUAUAUAGACUGUCUUGUAGUAAAUUGGCACAUUCCUCUCAAGUGCUAGGAAGGGAUAUCUGAAAAUCUAAACAUGAAGAGCAUCCUAGUUCUGUGCUUGUUGGUCGCGGCUGUCUCCUGUAGACCAGAGAGUUACGACACUAGAUUUGACAACUUUGAUGUCGAAGCUUUGGUCGGCAACGUUCGACUGCUGACUGCGUACGGCCACUGCUUCCUUGGCAACGGACCCUGCACUCCAGAGGGAAGUGCCUUUAAAAAAACCAUCCCCGACGCUCUUAGGACCGGCUGUGGCAAAUGCUCACCGAAACAGCGUCACUUGAUCCGUGUCGUUGUACAAGGAUUCCAAAACAAGACCCCAGGCCUUUGGCAGGACCUGGUCCAUAAGCAGGACCCCAACGGACAGUACAAAGAAAUCUUCACCAGUCUGCAUCAAUCCAGUUCGGGACGCGUCCUCUUCAAUACAAGCGAAAUGAAGUACAUAUUAGUGGCUCUCGUUGUAACCAUAGCGGUGGUAAAGGCUCAAGAAACGUAUGGGACCGAAUAUGAUAAUGUAAAUGGAGAAGCUAUCGUUUCUGAUGACAAACAGUUCCAAGGCUUCGUCGACUGUUUCACGGGCGCUGCUCCUUGCAACGAGCCUGCUGCUGCUUUCAAAAUCUCUGUGUAA